CGGCUCGGCCCUGGGGUGCGCAGUGCACGGCUCCUGCUGGUGUCCUUGGAGCAUGGGAGACUGCUGAGUUUGAGACACGGGGUCCAGCUGUGUGUCUCACCCCAAGGCAGGGAGGGUGUCCAUGGCUGCAGCCAACAAGGGCAAUAAGCCCAGAGUCCAGAGUAUCCGCUUUGCAGCAGGCCAUGAUGCAGAAGGUUCCCAGAGCCAUGUCCACUUUGAUGAGAAGCUGCAUGACUCGGUGGUCAUGGUUACCCAGGAGAGUGACAGCAGCUUUCUGGUCAAGGUUGGCUUUCUGAAGAUCCUGCACAGGUAUGAGAUUACCUUCACUCUGCCCUCAGUGCACAGGCUAAGCAAGGACGUCCAAGAGGUACCUGUUCCCAGCCUGCACCUCAAGCUCCUCAGUGUCAUGCCUGUUCCAGAAGGUUACAGCAUCAAGUGUGAGUACACAGCGAACAAGGAAGAAUUCCUCAAGGAGGAAAUGCUGCUAGCCUGUGAAGGUGGUGCCGACACCUGUGUGCAUGUGGUGGUGCAGUCACGGGUCAUGGACUGGCACCAUGGCACACCCAUGCUGCUGGAUGGUGUCAAGUGUGUGGGUGCCGAGCUAGAAUACGACUCGGAGCACAGCGACUGGCAUGGCUUCAACUGAGGCCCACGCCCCGGCCCACCUCGGGGCCCCUCAGCCUUAAUCUCCACCUCAUCUCUCCAAAUGCUGUGUGAUGGUGUGGCUUCCUUGUCCCUCCCUGAGGUGGGUGUGGGGUGGAUUGUCCAGGGGCCUCUAAGCCAGGGCCUCCCUCACACCUCACCUCUGCCUUCAUUUGUGCCAUCUCCCUGCCUCUCCUGCGUCCUCCUCUUCCCACUUCCUCCUCUCCGUGUGCCUCAGUCUCCUGACAGAAGAAAUGGGUUGAGCCCCCAAGGAGGCUAUCUGAGGGGGAAGGGGGAAGGACCUGGGGUGGGUUCAACC